UCUAUUUCCCCAUUCCCCGCCACCUCCCCCGCCCGCCUGGAAGCAUGAACUGGCAGCGGAGGUGCUGCUCCUCGCCGCCGCCUCCCCGCCGGUGAGAGCGAGGAGGGAAGGGAAGAUGGGGGCCGUCCUGCGCAGCCUACUUGCCUGCAGUUUUUGUUCCCUGAUGAGAGCUGCCCCACUGUUGCUGUAUGCGAACCGACGUGAUCUGCGACUGGUGGAUGCUGCAAAUGGGAAGGAGAACGCGACGGUGAUUGUGGGUGGCUUAGAGGACGCAGCAGCAGUGGACUUCGUGUUUGUGAAGGGGUUGAUAUAUUGGAGCGAUGUAAGUGAAGAAGCCAUUAAACGAACAGAAUUCAAUAAAUCUGGGAGUGUACAAAAUGUGGUCAUUUCUGGACUUCUGUCACCUGAUGGGCUGGCAUGUGACUGGCUGGGAGAGAAAUUAUACUGGACAGAUUCUGAAACAAACCGGAUUGAAGUUUCUAAUUUAGACGGAUCACUGCGGAAAGUUUUGUUUUGGCAAGAAUUGGAUCAACCCAGAGCAAUUGCCUUAGAUCCUGCAAGAGGGUUCAUGUAUUGGACGGACUGGGGAGAAGUGCCAAAGAUAGAACGUGCGGGGAUGGAUGGUUCAAGCCGCUCCAUUAUAGUCAACACAGACAUAUAUUGGCCAAAUGGACUGACGUUGGAUUAUGAGGAACAGAAACUUUAUUGGGCAGAUGCUAAACUGAAUUUCAUCCACAAAUCAAAUCUGGAUGGAAGUCACAGGCAAGCAGUGGUUAAAGGCUCCCUUCCACAUCCUUUUGCUUUGACGCUGUUUGGGGACACGUUGUACUGGACUGACUGGAACACGCAUUCAAUCUUGGCCUGCAGCAAGUACUCCGGGGAGGACCUGCGUGAAAUACAUUCCAACAUCUUCUCUCCCAUGGAUAUCCAUGCUUUCAGCCAAAAGAGGCAGCCAAAUGCUACAAACCCAUGUGGAAUUAAUAAUGGUGGCUGCUCCCACUUGUGUUUGAUGUCUCCUACCAAGCCCUCUUAUCAGUGUGCAUGUCCCACUGGUGUGAAACUUCUUGAGAAUGGAAAGACCUGCAAAGAUGGUGCCACUGAACUGCUGCUUCUAGCCCGCCGAACAGAUUUGAGGCGAAUUUCCUUAGACACCCCAGAUUUUACAGACAUCGUUUUGCCACUGGAGGACAUCCGUCAUGCCAUCGCUAUUGACUUUGAUCCUCUGGAAGGGUACAUCUAUUGGACUGAUGAUGAAGUUAGGGCCAUCCGCCGCUCGUUCAUUGAUGGGUCAGGUAGUCAGUUUGUUGUCACAGCACAGAUCGCACAUCCUGAUGGCAUUGCUGUGGACUGGGUUGCCCGAAAUCUGUAUUGGACUGACACUGGCACAGACCGUAUUGAAGUUACAAGGCUUAAUGGGACCAUGAGAAAAAUCUUGAUAUCAGAAGACCUGGAAGAACCCAGAGCUAUUGUGCUGGAUCCCAUGGUUGGGUAUAUGUACUGGACUGACUGGGGAGAAAUCCCAAAGAUUGAGAGGGCAGCAUUAGAUGGCUCAGACAGAAUUGUGCUGGUGAAUACCUCGCUUGGCUGGCCAAAUGGACUGGCCUUGGAUUAUGCAGAAAACAAAAUAUACUGGGGAGAUGCCAAAACGGACAAAAUAGAGGUCAUGAAUGCUGAUGGAACUGGGAGAAGAGUUCUGGUGGAGGACAAGCUGCCUCAUAUCUUUGGAUUCACGUUGUUGGGAGACUACGUUUAUUGGACAGACUGGCAAAGACGCAGUAUUGAACGUGUGCAUAAGCGCACAGCAGAAAGAGAGAUCAUCAUAGAUCAACUGCCUGAUCUCAUGGGCCUGAAAGCUACGAACGUCCACCAGAUAAUUGGUACAAACCCUUGUGCAGAGGACAAUGGCGGCUGCAGCCAUCUGUGUCUGUACAGACCGCAAGGCCUUCGCUGCGCUUGCCCCAUAGGCUUGGAGCUCAUCAAUGACAUGAAGACCUGCAUCGUCCCAGAAGCUUUCCUGCUCUUUUCUCGGAGAGCAGAUAUCAGACGAAUCUCUUUAGAAACGAACAAUAACAACGUUGCGAUUCCACUCACUGGAGUCAAGGAAGCUUCUGCUCUGGAUUUUGAUGUGACAGACAAUCGGAUUUACUGGACUGACAUUUCACUGAAGACCAUCAGCAGAGCGUUUAUGAAUGGCAGCGCACUGGAACACGUUGUGGAGUUUGGUUUGGAUUACCCAGAAGGCAUGGCCGUAGAUUGGCUGGGGAAGAACUUGUAUUGGGCUGAUACUGGAACAAAUCGUAUAGAAGUGUCAAAGCUGGAUGGACAGCAUCGCCAAGUGCUGGUGUGGAAAGAUCUUGACAGUCCCCGGGCACUGGCAUUGGACCCUGCUGAGGGGUUUAUGUACUGGACUGAAUGGGGGGGUAAGCCAAAGAUUGAUAGAGCUGCUAUGGACGGCACUGAGCGGACUACUUUAGUACCGAAUGUGGGACGGGCUAACGGCCUAACUAUUGAUUACGCUAAAAGACGACUGUACUGGACUGACCUUGAUACCAACCUGAUAGAAUCAUCCAACAUGCUAGGCCUUGACCGUGAGAUUAUAGCUGAUGACUUGCCUCACCCAUUCGGCUUGACUCAGUACCAGGAUUACAUUUACUGGACAGACUGGAGUCGGCGUAGCAUCGAACGAGCCAACAAGACCAGUGGCCAGAACCGAACUAUCAUCCAAGGGCAUUUGGAUUACGUUAUGGAUAUCUUGGUCUUCCAUUCCUCCAGGCAGGCGGGCUGGAACGAGUGUGCCUCCAGCAAUGGCCACUGCUCUCACCUGUGUUUAGCAGUCCCUGUUGGUGGUUUUGUCUGUGGCUGCCCAGCUCACUAUUCCUUGAACUCCGACAACAGGACUUGUAGUGCUCCUACAACCUUUCUGUUGUUCAGUCAGAAGAAUGCAAUUAAUCGCAUGGUGAUAGAUGAGCAGCAGAGUCCGGAUAUCAUACUCCCUAUCCAUAGUCUGAGGAAUGUUCGAGCCAUCGAUUAUGACCCCCUGGAUAAGCAGCUGUACUGGAUUGAUUCUCGGCAGAACAUCAUCCGGAAGGCACAGGAAGAUGGCAGCCAGAGCCUUACUGUUGUGACAAGUCCAGUUCCCAAUCAGAACCUAGAUAUGCAGCCUUAUGACCUGAGCAUUGACAUCUACAGCCGCUAUAUCUACUGGACCUGUGAAGCCACUAAUGUGAUCAAUGUGACACGCCUGGAUGGGAGACCCAUGGGAGUGGUGCUCAAAGGAGAUCAAGACAGGCCCAGGGCUAUUGUGGUGAAUCCAGAGAAGGGAUACAUGUAUUUCACCAACCUACAGGAAAGGUCUCCUAAAAUUGAGAGAGCAGCCUUGGAUGGAACUGAACGAGAGGUCCUUUUUUUCAGUGGUUUGAGCAAGCCCAUAGCCUUAGCUAUUGACAGCCAGCUAGGCAAGUUGUUCUGGGCUGAUUCAGACCUGCGGAGAAUUGAAAGCAGUGACCUUUCAGGUGCUAACCGGAUUGUUUUGGAAGACUCUAAUAUCUUGCAGCCCGUGGGGCUAACUGUAUUUGAAAACUGGCUGUAUUGGAUUGACAGGCAACAGCAGAUGAUUGAAAAGAUUGAUAUGACUGGUCGAGAAGGACGUACAAAGGUCCAGGCUCGUAUUGCACAACUCAGUGACAUCCAUGCUGUGAAAGAGCUCAACAUUCAGGAAUACAGACAGCAUCCUUGUUCUCAAGAUAAUGGUGGCUGCUCUCACAUUUGCAUCGUGAAGGGUGACGGCACCACACGCUGCUCUUGCCCAGUCCACCUUGUUCUGCUGCAGGAUGAGCUGUCCUGCGGAGAACCACCAACAUGCUCCCCUCAGCAGUUCACCUGUUUCACAGGUGAGAUUGACUGCAUCCCGGUGGCCUGGCGCUGUGAUGGUUUCACUGAAUGUGAAGACCACAGUGACGAAAAGAACUGCCCAGUGUGUUCAGACACCCAGUUCCAGUGUGAAAGUGGACAGUGCAUAGACAGUGCCCUCCGGUGCAAUGGAGAAGCAAAUUGCCAGGACAACUCAGAUGAGAAGAACUGUGAAGUGCUUUGUUUAACCGACCAAUUCCGCUGUGCCAGUGGGCAGUGCAUCGGGAAAAGCAAGAAAUGUGAUCACAACUUGGACUGCAACGACAGCUCAGAUGAGCAAGGAUGCUACACAACGGAGGAGCCUGCGCCACAGCCCAACAACACAAUAGGCUCCAUCAUUGGUGUGAUCCUUACAGUUUUUGUGGUUGGAGCGAUGUACUUCAUCUGCCAGAGGGUGUUGUGCCCACGCAUGAAGGGAGAUGGGGAAACAAUGACCAAUGAUUACGUGGUGCAUGGACCAGCCUCUGUACCUCUUGGUUAUGUGCCUCACCCAAGCUCUCUGUCAGGUUCUCUCCCUGGGAUGUCUCGAGGUAAAUCUGUGAUCAGCUCCCUCAGCAUUAUGGGAGGGAGCAGUGGGCCACCCUAUGACAGGGCCCAUGUCACAGGAGCCUCUUCCAGUAGUUCUUCAAGUACCAAAGGCACUUACUUUCCUCCAAUUUUGAACCCACCACCAUCACCAGCUACUGAACGUUCACAUUAUACCAUGGAAUUCGGUUAUUCUUCAAACAGCCCAUCCACUCAUAGAUCCUACAGCUACAGGCCUUACAGCUACCGACAUUUUGCACCUCCCACGACGCCCUGCAGCACGGAUGUCUGUGACAGUGACUAUGCCCCCAGCCGAAGGGUCACGGCAGCGACAGCCAAGGGCUAUACCAGUGACUUGAACUAUGAUUCAGAGCCCGUCCCCCCGCCGCCUACUCCACGCAGCCAGUACCUGUCGGCGGAGGAGAACUACGAAAGCUGCCCACCUUCCCCGUACACGGAGCGGAGCUACUCGCACCAUCUCUACCCGCCGCCGCCGUCCCCCUGCACGGACUCCUCAUGAGGGGUAGCCCCCCCGCCCCCUUAUCUGCCUCCGCCGUGAAAGUGUAAAUACAAAGUGUUCUACUGGGGAUGGGGGGAGGGAGCUCUUGGCGAAGGAUGAGGUAGGACAGUGUACAGUUAAAUGUUAUUAAAUGGGGUGGAGGAAUACUGAAGAUAUUUGUACAGAAAUUAAAAAAAAAAAGGAUAUUUAUAUAUUUUCUUAAACAGCAACUGCUGCUUGUGCCAUAAGAAGAAAAAUUUUUGUAUAAAAGAACCCAGACAUUUGUACAAAAAGUUUUUAUUUUUGCAAAUGGAACACAAAAACAUGCCUUAAUCCAGUGAAGUGACUGAGCACAUAAGGAAAUGGAAGGACCGGGAUGUGUUACUUGUCCAGCGAGGUGAGGUGUGGGGUUUGUCAAUACCAAAAAUGUUUAAAGUAAUUAAUAAUAAAGAAGUCCGUCUUAGAGCAGCAUACCAUAGAUACUUGGAAGUAGCCAAAUAACCUCUAUGUUAACUACGGAGGGCCAGCAACUAAAGUUAAACUUGAAAAUGCAGUCAGGACAGAUAUUAACCUUACACAAAGGGCUUUGUUUUCUACAGGAAUACAGCAAUCGUAGCAGUGAAUCCAGAAAAAUAAUCACAUGCUUUUUUAAAUUAAUACAUCUCUGUUUUUUCCUUAAUGCAUUUACCAAACUAGAGCAUUUAGAGCUCUCUCCUUUCUUCUGGAAUGUCGAUGAUUUUUGUUGGAAACAUUUUAAAGUUAGCUUUUUUCCUCCUUUUUAGCUUUUCCUGUCUCUUCUGCAUCCUUUCUUCCUGCCCAUGUCACUUUAAAUCAUGGUAUCCUUAUUUAAAGUACUGCUAGAACUGGGCUGCUGUAACUUCUCUUUUUUUCUCCUAAUUAGCCUUGUCAUGCAGUGAUUAUCAUGCUAUACAUUACCUUCUUCAUUUUGCCAACACAGUAGGAUUCUGUUUUGUACCAGGUCAGUACGAUUUUCACGUAAUUGACAAGGGUAAUAUGCAUAUACCUGAAUGAUUUUUAGUCCCUUAAAAAAGAAAACCUUAUUUUGACCUAGUGCCCACAAAAUGUCAAAUAUUUUUAUACCACAUAUAAUAUAGACAGCAUAUUUAUAAACUAUAAAUUUAACCGUGGAUUGUUAGUUUUACUGUAAAUUAAUAAUAUAUCCUUGCAGUACUUUCAGUGUAUAUUGAUAUCACAGUAUACAAAUCUUAUAUAUAUAAAUAUAUAUAUUAUUUUUUCCUAGUAAGGAAGCAUUUAAUUUUCAGUGGAGCAACUGUCCAUAAAAAAAAAGAAAGUUUUGAUCAUUGGAAGAGAUUCCCGUGCUGUAUUAACUGCUCAUGAUUUCUUUGUGUAAAGCCAGUUUUGCUCAGUAUGAUUUUGACAUACCUCCUCUUUUGCAUGGUGUGAGUUUAAUACUUUAGUAUUAACCGCUGUGAAUGUCAAAUUUUAAGAUACUCUUAACCAAACCAUUUUAUAUUCGCAUCUCUAUUUUUGUAUAUUAUCAUAUUUAGCCCCUUCUCCCGUCAGCCUCAUCAUGGUGAUUUUGACAGGGGGAGUAUAUAAUCAAGUGAAAACAUUAUUUAUGUAGGUUGAGGGGCAGCCUAGGAUAUUAUUAACUCCUCUGACUCCAGUGCAGUAUUUGAGUUUGCUUUGACUGUAGUGGAGCUCACAGUAUACCUGAUCUUACAUGGCGUUAUGCAUUUGCACCUUCUGUUGACAUCAAAUCCACUGAAGGUGCUCGAUGCCUUCAAAGAAUGGUCCUCUGACUCUUCUCUAUCAAAACAAAGGAACUGAGGAGCUUCUGCCUCCUAGCCUUUGGCCAUAGUAUGGGUGUAACAACUCUUCAGAGGUGCCGUUGGAGUUUUAUUGUUUUCUGUUGCUUGUUUCCCAGCCAGUUUCAACUAAAAGAGAAAUAAUCUGAAAAUCUGAAAAUGUGGCAUGGGGUUUAAUUCAUGCUGUUGACAGAAUUAGUGACAAGUAAUUCUUGCUAGUGCUGCCGCUCAUCUGGAGUACUAGAGCCUCAUUUGGUUUCAGCUCCAAGGAAAACUGUGGCAUUGGGAUUCCAGCGGUAAUAAAGGGUCUUUAUAGUGGUCCAAGAUACCUGAGGAAACUUUAAAAAGCCUUGGUGGUCUCCAGGCUAUUGCAGUUGAUCUCUGGAUCUGGCAUACUAAGUUUUUUUGCCCAGCUUCAUUCUAGGUAUCUAGGAAUCAUGGUAGCUGUUCUUCUGGCUCUUCCUUGCUGAUGAAGAAGCUUGUUUGUGUUCUCCAGCAGGAUGGAUGUUGAGGAGGGUAUUGUGAACUAUAAGGGAACUCGAAACCAUUUAUAUGAAGGGGGGAGGGUGGGUGUGUCGGGGCGGGGGGUGUUGAGGCUGGCACGCCGAUGAGAAUUAGAAACUUCUCUGUUGUUUACAUUUUUUCAUGUGCAGCAUUCCGUGUGGGGUUCACAUGUGGAAACUUGCACUAAUGAACUCAGAAGAAUAUUGCAUUGUUGUAUCUCAGUCCAAGUGCUUGUACUGCGAUGGCAAUGGUCUCUUCUUGCAAAAUACUUUUUUCAGUGUGCCAAUUUCUGUUUGAAAAACUCUAAGGUGGUUGAGCUUAAGGAGUGGUAUCCUCUUUCUAGUGCGGUUGGACUGCCUCACUGAGGCUUCCUCUUGGAGGGGACUUCCUGCAGGUAAAUUUGUAAGUGUGUUAAUGACAGCGAGGGUUCUUUAGAAGAAAAACGUUCUCUGCACAUGGAUUGUGCUGCCUGUCUUCUUGUGCUAGUUUACGUCCAUGCAUAACUCAAGUCAAUGGGAUGGACAUGUCAUUCGGUGUAGAAUUUGAUCAAGUCUUUUGAUACGUACAUUUCAGUUUGUGUAUCAGACAUUCGGAGUGAUCUGCCUCUGAGAGGUUCACAUGGAGAGGGGGAAAGCAGAUAGACUAUGUUUUUCCACUGAAGAUGACCAGCAUAGAGAGCAGGUUGUUUCUCAUCUGGGCUAACCAAAGAAUUUAUUUAGUGGGAAGCUGUGAUCUGCCUUUGCAAGUACAUGUAUUUUCCCAGUAAAUCCGGAGUAAAAUUUUGAAAGAGUUGAUGAUCUGUGAAGUUCCUCUUGGGCAGAUCUCCAAAUUACAAAAGCAUUGAUGCAGCUUGCACACCUGACACUUUCACGGUGGAUACACCAUAGACUGACUGAGCACUGAGACUGAACGAUUUCUCUCUGUUCUUCUCUGCCACUGAGCCAGUUGUGAUUCAUAUUCCUUCCUUCCCUCAGCGAGGAUCAUCCUUUCUCCUGCUUCUCAAAUUGACUGAGAUGUUUGGACUGUCGAUAACACACACAUGUCAAUUCAGGAGAUCGUUAAAGUGGGUUUGUAGCAUUAGCGUGGAAGUGGUCUCAUUGAUGUCAGUGAAACUUCUCCUUGCCUUUUAAGCUGAGCACAAAUGUCCUUAUCUUACAGCAUCAGGUAUGUACGCAGUGAGGCAUUAACACAAGUACUUGUUGUGCACCUUGUCCUCUGUGUAGACACCUGGGGAGUGUUCAUAGCUGUCUGCCUGGUGAUGCUCAAUCAGGAAAGGAACAGUCCUUUGUAGUUUAAAAAAAAAACAACAAAACAAACCAAAAAAGGACCUUAUAGCAUAAUUUGUUGAAAACUAAUCUUUGCACGUUCAACAGAAGCUUAGCAUGUUUAAAUGGCAACGUUAACAAGACCUAAUCUUGCCUUUUAAAAUUACACCUGCCGUGUCAUACUGCAUACAUUUCCUACCUUCCUAAGGAGCACUCCUCAUUUCUCCACUGAUUUUGGAUACCAAGAUAUUUAUUUGAAAAGAACUUAAAACGAUAAAUGCAACCAUGUACAUAGCAUUUGCAUUUGAAAUAAAGAAUGGUUUCCAUGAAUAUAAAUUCAUUCAACCUGUGCAUAUACAUUAAAUGAGAUACUUGCAGUCAUGCACAACAUGCGAAUGAGCCGGUUGAUAUCAAAGGAUUCAUCUUGCUAUGAGUUGUAACUUUCAGUAUUGUAAAUUCCAAAUUACUGCCCUAGCCUUUUCCCCCCACGUGCAUGUACAAGUAUAUGUAUGCAGGUAUCUUCGAUAAUGUGAAUUUACCCAAAGCUAGUGACUUCCGUGCAUGCAGAUUCACACACCCCCAUUGACAGCUUCAGCCUCCCUGCCUUUGAGUGCUAAUGCCUGGAUGCUGUUCUGCUGUCUCAUGCAAGCUGGCCUUCUUUUGACCAGGUUGUAGGACAGGCAGCAGAAUACUUCCUACUUUAAACCUGAGUAAUUAAUGCUCUGUCAUACCAGACAGGAGAGGAAGCACGGCCAUUUUGCAGAUGAGUAAAACUUCUGUCUUCUGUAGGUACAUAAAAAUCGAUCUGUUGUAGUCCUGGCAUAGUUAUGAAGACAAUUGCACCCAAACUGCUUGACACAGCAGGUGCUAAAAGCCACGGCAAGUGAAGGUGUGUGCAAAAAAUAUCCUUAUUUAUUGCUCUAAUGGGCUUUGGUGGUGUUAUGGUCUCCAGUUGUGCAUUGCUUCUCCAUUUAUUAUAGCCCACUCUCUAGAAAUGGCUUGAUUGGUGAAUCUUAAACACAGAUUCACUUGUUUUACUUUAAAGCAGUUAAACCCGUGCUAAGAUGAAAAAAAAGCCACUGUCUUGAAUAUUGAGUAUUCCCAUUCCUUAUUGCUUGGCAAAUCUCCUCGAAUUAAUUGAUUACCAGCAUUCUGGGGGGAACUGCUUGAACUACAGAAUUCCCUGGUCAUGCAUGCCGUUGAAUCAAAUGCCUUCUUCAAAAUAUCUCUUAAGAAGUAAUCAAUCAAUUCUUUUUCCUGAUGUUUUUGCCUUGAGGGUGUUUGUGGCACAAUACUGUUACGGACAGAAUCUGCUUUUCAACGUGUACUGUGCAUGUAGCAGAUUAUUUAUUAUUUCUGCAACAAAAAAAUAGCUGGUUCAUGGGGUGCAAAAAUAAUUUGAACAUUGUUAUUCAGAAGUUACUUUCUUAGCCGUAAGAUUUUUUUAAUUGCAUUUUCAUGGGGUUAUGGCUUGAAAGUUAACCUUUAACUUAAUUAGCAGGUGACAGAUACACCUUGAAAAUAAGUUAGGAAUAACCUGAUAGCUUGUAAAUGGCUGCGAAACAUUCAAUUUCUUUCUAAAAGAAGUCAAAUAUGAUACGGCAGUGAUCCAAAGUGGGCAAUUUUCUUUCCUUUCCACCUUUAAAAAGGGCAGCUCAGUGGAUGAUGCCAGCGUAGCGUUUCUUUAGGGACUGGGUGAUCCACUCCACAACUGUGCAGGGCAGGGUAGGUAAACCGUCCAUAUUCGAUUUGGGCCAGAUAUUGUCUUAGUAGCACACAGCGUGAUUGUUACGAUGAAACUAUUGGAGAGCAGUCUUGUUCCCCUCUUUUACAUGAACAAGGAGCGGCUUUGAAGUCCUGAUUAAAAUGGCUGUAGCCUUAAGCCAGGCAGUUUAAGAGUCAGCGAGGGGAAAAUGAAAGUGUCUUUUUCUUUUAAAGAGGAUACCACCAGGCUUAAGCUGAACUAGCCUUGUUUGCAAGUGAAGGAUCUGGUGCUGCUUUCAGAUUUUUAAUCUUGUUUUUGUUUUUUGUUUUGUUUGUUCUUUUUUGUAAGCUUUAAUCACUGUUUGUCAUUGUCUUAAAGCCAGCUGGUGUCUCUUGUUCAUCAACUUUUGGUACGAUGGUGCUUUGCAAGGAUGUAUUUAUAUUAUAAUGACCAACAUUUGGUCAGCCCUAUUCACUUAUUCACUAACUUUUUUUUUUUUUUGUAAAAUAAAGUGCUUUACUUGUAAGGUGUAUAUAAACCUUGUACAAAAAUCCUUUCCAAUUAUUACUAUAAACUGAGUUGUAACAAAUGAAAUGUUGAUUUUUAUAAUAAAACUAAGAGUGAAAAAGGAGA